CGACAAACUUAAUCUUGAAAGGUUAAACGACAAAAUUAUAAUAAUUUUAGUUCUGUUUCACGCAAUGUGAUAUAUACGUAUUUCCCAAUCCACGUGCAGCAAUAAGAAAUUCCGAAACGCGUCUUCGAGCUUCGGGGGAACGAACACGCUUGUCUCCUAUCGUGAACGCCGUUUCGUUUCGUAAUCGCAAAUAUGUGGCGCCACUAUCGCCGGCAUUACCAACGUUCACUAUCAUAAAAGAUCCGUCUCGAGAAAAUCUUUUCCUUGAACGUUCCCCGUUUUCGUAAUAUCGCCGGUGAAACUCGAACCGACUGUUUAACAUGGACGACAGUAGAAGUGAACCGAAUUCGUAGUAUUCUUCUGAAGGGUGUUCCGCGUGGUUCACGUACCGGUGUACGAGCUUGGCGCGAAAACUCGCUUUCAAGGAGCGCGUCGGAUCCCUGGGCAUACAAUACAGCACGAGGGACGGAGAAAGGGAGAGGGAGAAACAGAGAAAGACCGAGGGUAAGGGCCAGGGGGUGUCAGGGGAUCUCGAGCAACUUGGCACGUCCGUGUACGGAGGCAACAGUGCUGGUGGCAGCACAGACGCUCGUUGAUGAGCGAACAAUUCACUUUGGUACGCGGUUUCACGACGUUAUUUCGUCUGAUCGGUGUCGUGAAACAAGGGUGUGCACAUGUACCCACGCGACGGGCCGAUAAACUGUGUCUGUGACAUUUUUACCAGUUCGAUUAUCCUAAGUUAAAACGGUCAAGUGUCGUCGCGGUGGCUCGAAGAGUUCGUGGCUGGUGCGCGCCGUGCGUGCGGUUGAUCGGAGCGUAUACCGCUGCUCUCGUCAAUUUGGUGGGAGAGUGAGAGUGAGAGGGAGGAGGGGUUUCCCGUCCUCCUCUUCCCUCGCUAAAAUCAGCCGGAUUUUUGAACAGGGAGGAAACACGAAAAAUUGCAUAGUAAAAACAUGGAAAUAUCGAAGAGUUUGCAGGAAGAGAUUCUGACCGUGCAAAACAAACUGAAAAAUGCCAUACGCGAUCAUCAGAUCUGCGUGGGUAAAUUAAAAGACGACCCCAACAAAGUUUUCGACGAUUGUCGUCGUGCGAUGCUCACUAUUUUCAUCGUUAACACGCAGAAGCAAGUUGUCCAGCGGCUGCGCAAAGAGGUCGAAACGUUCAAGGCGGAGAACGUGAACGGAGCGAAAGUUUCCAUAGCGUCGCUCCUCGGGUUGAACAACAAUAAUCACAUUACAAACAACAACGAGACGAAGCUCAAGAGCGCCGGCAAUGACUUCAGUACUAAGAGCUCGAAAGAGGACUACGAAGAAAUUGUUAGGAACGGGGAUGUACCUUCGCCGGCGCAGGACACUGUACCAAGAAAGGAACGCCCGAGUUCUGUGGAAACAAUUUCUGGUGAAGAUGAUGUUAUCGAAGUUUCCAUGGACGAGAACUCGAACGAAAAGUCGGAGAAAGAAGAAUCGGAGAAGGAGUGUAAAGUCGAGUUAACUGAAAAGAUCAAUUUCUUAAGCGCUCUUGGUCUUAUCACGACUUCAACAUGUGCCGAGUUGCAAAACAGAAGGGCUGAGAGAAAACGUCGUAGUACGGCCAAUCCGCAAUUCGUUUAUUCAAGUCUUGAAGUGCCAACGAAACGAAAAAGACAUUCGUACCUGCAAUCCGGAAAUGUUCCUCAAACUCGCCAAACAACCGCACGUAUGAACGGGCCUUCGCCUCCGCCUGUAAAAGCUGCACCGCCAAAAUCUACGUCACCACCGACGUCAAGGACUGUGAUGAAGUCUUUGAUCCCGGUUCAGAAAUCCACCACACGACCGAAUAUUCUUAGAAACGUGACAGACAGUAAAGUUUAUACCAACAAGGCCAAGGUUGAAAAUGGUCCCAGUCAGAUACAAUUACCUGUCCCCACUAUGAAAUCUGUUCAAUCGAUUGGUAAUAAGGCUGUUCAUAUACCAGGCUUGCCUUCCAGUUUAACUAUCGAAAGAAUCAGUAAUGAUUCAGCAGUCUGUAUAAGCUGUAGGAAUCCAGGUACACUUACGGUAUGUGAAAAUUGUGCAUCGAACUAUCAUGUAUCCUGUCACUCUGUAUCACCGGCACCGCCAAGGAUAUGUCCGAAAUGUGCCCUGAUAGAGGAGGAAGAGAUCGAAGACGCUGACGACGGGGAAGAGGAGGAAGAUGGAGGACGCCCGAUGUUCAAGAAGGACGAAGAACUCGCUACAACAUCGCAUGCGCCAGGACUUAUUAGGAAAGCAAGAGAAGACGCAGAGAUCUAUAAAACGGCUUGUGGACUUCAUAAAACUGAUGCAGCUCAGAAAAAGCGGGGAUUCUCCUCCGCCAUCGGCAUCAGUCAAUUACCCUCUUCGACCUUCCUCAUCCCAAUCUCCUCAAACAACGUCUCUUCAUCAACCGUCAACCAGUCGGAUGUCGGGUCUUCCACAACAAUCACCGAGCAACGAGAAAACGUGCCCUACUCCUCCAUCGUCCUCAAUCAGUUGCCCCGAUCGAGCAUCGCCUAUAUUGACCGGUCAGAGCCUCAAGUGUCCUACGCCUAUCAGUUACCAGUCAGCAGUGUUCAAUCAGAAAAACAUCAGUCAUACCUCAUCGUCAAAAAAAUCACAGAACCACCAAGACGGCCAAGUCAGUCUUCCGAUGACCAAAGUCACGGCGCAAUGCUCAACUAUAAGCUGCCAACCACAUCAGGGUACAACCCCCGCGUUCAGGCCGAAAUCUCUGUCGCCCAGUCCUCUGUGUUCGUCGGUAAGCAGUUGCCCGACGUCGUCGAUCGUAACCGUAAGAAACAAACAAACCGCGCAGUACCCGCUCUCAACCGUAUCAUCGACACCGAAAACCUCUCCAUCACGGCAGAGUAUCAGCUGGAACGUGCGACCCUCAACGGCCGGAAGUCCCGGGCUAGGCAAGCAAGGAACAAAUUCGGUAUUAACCAGCUGCGAUCCGCUAGAGCCACAGAAAUCUUAUUGCCCGCCUACGAUAAUACAGAAUCCGAUAAACAACUACAAAUCACAAAAUCAACCGAGCCAGAAGAAACAAGCGUGUUCGGUGGUCGUUCGAAAUACCGGCCAAGAACCGGUGGUCUUCUCCACUCAUUGUUCGCAGGCCAUAACAAGUCCUAUAUCAUCACCGAUAAUUCUCGAGAGUCACGAGACUUCGGCACAGUUGACAAAGAUACCGUCGUCUGUCGGCAACAGUUGUAUCAUCAAGACUACCAGCUGGAGUCAGUCGAACGAAACGAAUCUCCUGUCCAAUUGCAACGCGGCGCCCUCACAAAAUUCUUCGAGCACGUGAAAUUGGAAGAAGCGCAUAUACCAGCGCCAUCUAGAGCAAAGCUAGUAUACAAAAGCGGCACUACUUCCGAGAGGAAUGAACUUGAUAUCAGUGAAGUCGCGGAUGAGGAUACGAAUAGCAACGAGUACGUUGGCAAAACACCCUUGUCGUCCGGUAACAUUGACGAGGAGUAUAACGAUCGCGAGGUCAAGCAGACCAGCUGGCUAGCAAAUAGAAUCGCGAUGAAGAAGAAUCAACGGAACGACGCCGGUAAUAAGAUAAUAGAUUCGUUUGAUCCUGUACCGAGUUCGGUAACUAGAACAGCCGAUAUUAUUACGUAUGAACGUAAACGUCCUAACCAGUUUGUGAGGGUCGAGUGCGAGCCCGAUGACGAUGAGGAUAAUGCACUGGUCGGAACAUUUCAGACUGACGUAACUUAUCCGAGGCGUAUCGCAUCUCUCGCGGAAAUUGUAUCGGACAAUCGAAGGGAUCGGCAAGAUUCGGCGUCCCUGUGUAACGCACAAAGCAAUUUCAUGGAGCUUCGUAACGAGGUCUCAGUUCCUGACGAUAAGGCUGACACCGAGAGACAAGACUUAUCCAGUGGCAGACGUUCGACCAGCAGCAGCAGCGGUAGCAGCACCAGUGACAGCGAUACUCCGGAACAAGCAAUGAACGACACUAUUAAGUAUUCACGGCGACGAUUGUCCGGAAACGAGUACAAGGAACGUUUGGGCAUUAACGCUGUAUCCCCGGAGAGUAUGCAGGUGCUCGAACAGUUCGAGUCGGCUAUGCUGGAAACUGAAUGUAGCAAUGCUGCCACUUGCUAGAGUUAGUUAGAUUAGGAUGUGGUAUUAACGUGCUGAUCAUGUUCAUUGCUAGAACUUUUUUCCUUUCACUGAAUAAUGAUAACGGUCGAUUAUUUUGUAUCAGACAGUAAGGUUUCGCGCGUGGCGUGCGAUUACGUUCGAGAAACUUCGUUGAACGUAUAUUUUCAGGAGAAAUUCGGAUCCGUACGUGUUUCGUACUGCAUUUGAGUCCGUUACUUAUCUAGGAUACCUAAAGGAAAAGAAAAUUAGGUUAUUUGUAAUGGCUACUGAGCUUCUUAGGCAGUUCCUACUUUCCGUACUGCCUUCAGAGACAAUGCAAUUGAUUGUUAUAUCGACACUAAUCACUGUUUCGUCGAUAACGAUGGUAAUUAAGUACCAUUUACGUUUCACUCUCUACCAAGAUACGUAUAAUUCACGACUUUUAUUCUAUUAGAUACGUUGUCUGUUCGUUUAUUUAUUAAUUGUUGUUCAUUAGGCUUUUUCGUGAUAGUUUACGAACCUUGAGGACCAAGUUCGAAUUUCUUACAGUUUGAAUCACGUUUAAUUUCACCGGAAAUUAAUGGAGAUCCUAAUUCGCUUGCGUGCGAUACACGCAUUCAUCUGUCCUUAAUGCUCACAGACCAACGUAAGGAACUAAUGUGCACAGUAAUUUCCUUUGAAUCACCUAUGGAAACGUCUUAUUGAGUUUUAGCGUUUAAUAUCUCUUUCGUUGAUGUUCACGAACCAACAGUGUAGAAAACACGCACAUAUCCGACAGAUUAUGAUCUGUGAGAACGUAGAAAGACUUGAAAAUGAAGUCUACGUACGUAAGCUGAGUCAUAUUACCAUACUGCCUUAAUAGUAAUUUAAAAAUGGUACUUUUUACAAUAAUUUCUACGGAUAAGCACGUGACGUGUGUACGACUCAAUAGACUGAUUUGGACGUCGCCAUAUUGAAAUUAAGAGGCAUGACGGAGAAAAGGAAAAGGAUAAUCAAAACUCGUUACCGUAAUCGAAAACCUAGGCGUUAAGGUUGCGUGUACGUUAAUAAGUAGAUGAAACGUUAUCAGAGUAACGUAUACCUUAC